GGGAGUGUCUCAGACUAGAGGGAGAUCACUCCUGUCCCUCGAGGGACUGGAGCUUAGGCAGACAGCAUUUCAGUCUGUGGUGUUCCCCAGCCCGAAUGUCGGGUUGUGCCAACAGCAGGGGGAAGUGCAGCUUCAGACUCCACGACAAGCCAGAACAUCCAGCCGCUUGGAGGCUCUGGCAUAACACACUUUUCCUGUGGUGAGCCUUGGGACGUGCAGCUAGCACACAUUUCAGGACUGCCUUCAGAAACGCUGCACGGUAGCAGCAGUCCUCGUGCUGAAAAAAAUUGGAAUCGUUUUAAGUCACCAGCCUUUCAGCUGCCUGUUCUGAACAUAACUUGACCAGGGUCUGAUCAGAGGUGCACUGGAGUAAAUAAAACAUUGUUAACAGGCUUUCAGAUUUGAAUGCUCCAAAUGCAGAAAUGAUUAUGCAACUAACAUCUCAUUGGUCACCCCUGGCUGCACCCCUGAUUUUUGGUCUGCUUCUGCAAGCACCAUUCACAGAGCCUUCCACCAUCACAAAGCCAAACUUUGUCCUGUUACUGGCUGAUGAUCUCGGCAUAGGGGAUGUAGGCUGCUACGGGAAUGAUACCAUCAGGACCCCGAACAUUGAUCGCCUGGCAAAGGAAGGAGUGAGGCUGACCCAACACAUCGCUGCAGCUCCGCUUUGCACCCCCAGCAGAGCAGCUUUCCUCACUGGCAGAUAUCCCCUCCGAUCAGGGAUGGAUGCUGUAAACGAUUACCGUGUUAUUUUUUGGAAUGCCGGCUCAGGAGGGCUUCCUCCAAACGAAACCACUUUUGCCAAAAUACUGCAGCACCAAGGCUACAGCACGGGACUGAUAGGGAAGUGGCAUCUAGGUGUUAACUGUGAAUCCCGCAGUGACCAUUGCCAUCACCCUUUAAAACAUGGGUUUGACUAUUUCUAUGGGAUGCCUUUUACACUCAUAAGUGACUGUCAGCCAACAGAAGCACCAGAGAUGGACAGAGCCUUUAGAAGGAAACUCUGGCUUUACACUCAAAUGAUUGGCCUCAUUACACUCACUGCUGUCCUUGGAAGACUGACCGGCUUGAUUCCAGUCCGCUGGAAAACACUGACCUGCCUUGCUGCAUUCAGUCUCCUGUUCUUCAUGUCCUGGUUCUCAAGUUAUGGAUUUGUACGGUACUGGAACUGCAUUAUGAUGAGAAACCACGGAAUUACUGAGCAGCCAAUGGUGACAGACAGAACCACGUCCCUUAUCCUGAAAGAGUCCAUUUCAUUUAUUGAAAGAAAUAAGCACAAGCCAUUUCUCCUUUUUCUUUCCUUUUUGCAUUCCCACACCCCUCUCCUCACCACGGAGAAGUUUCUUGGGAGGAGCAGACAUGGUUUAUAUGGAGACAAUGUAGAGGAGAUGGACUGGAUGGUGGGCCAGGUUCUAGAUGCUAUUGACAAGGAAGGCUUGAAAGACACUACAUUAGUUUACUUUGCCUCUGAUCAUGGUGGAUGGCUGGAAAGACAAGAAGGCAAAAGGCAGCUGGGUGGCUGGAAUGGAAUAUACAAAGGUGGAAAAGCUAUGGGAGGCUGGGAAGGAGGAAUCCGCGUCCCAGGGAUAUUUAGAUGGCCAGGUGUGUUGCCUGCGGGCACAGUUAUCGAUGAACCCACAAGCCUCAUGGAUAUUUAUCCUACAGUAGUCCACUUGGCUGGAGGGGCAGUGCCUCAGGACAGGGUGAUGGACGGCCGGGAUCUGCUGCCGUUACUGCGAGGCACCGUGGCGCACUCGGAGCACGAGUUCCUGUUCCACUACUGCGGCGUCCACCUACACGCUGUGCGCUGGCACCAGAAGGACACUGGAGCUGUUUGGAAGGCUCAUUAUGUGACUCCCAUCUUCAGUCCUCCUGGAGCUGGGGCUUGUUAUGACAGAGGGUUUUGCCCAUGCUUUGGGGAAGGAGUGACCCAUCAUGAGCCUCCACUGCUGUUUGAGCUCUCACAAGACCCUUCUGAAGCCAAACCUCUCUCAGCUGACACAGAGCCCCUCUUUGACACUGUCAUAAGGAGGAUUGGCAGAGCCAUAGAGGAGCAUGCCAGGACGCUGACUCCAGUCCCAGAGCAGCUCUCUGUGUCCAACACGGUGUGGAAGCCAUGGCUGCAGCCGUGCUGUGGGACAUUCCCAUUCUGUUGGUGUGAUAAGGAAGGUGAUAAUAAACUUGUUGACCUAUAAAGGAUAGAACCUGAUACUUUCUCAAAAAUGUAUUUAGAUUAAGAUGGUUUCCUUUGGGGGUGUUGACCCAUGGGUCAUUUAUUUCUCUAAACUGAGCCUUUACAAAGUAAUUUUUCCAGUGAAUGGCACAGUAUUUCAUAAAGGUAACUUUAAGCUGGACACUCUCAGGGAGGGAUCAAGACAGAUGAUAUGAAGACUAUGUUUUAACUAGCAUCUGCUGAUAGGUGAAUGAAUAGUUCAAAUGCACUGAAGUAGGCCAAGAUUAGAGAUGUACAAGUAAUGGUUCUGAAUGUAUAUUUUGUGCUGAAUUUCUAAGUGAUUCCUGGACUGGGUUCUCCCUUAAUUUUGUUAUCCUUAUUUCUUCUUUUGUUAUCCUGGCAAUGCACAGGUUGACCCUAUAAUAAAUUUUUGCAGACUAUUGCUUCCAAAAUAAUUAGAAAACAGUCUUGCCUGCAGUUCCUCAAAAAAUCUUUCUUAGGAGAGGCUUUCUUCUUCGCUUGUAGCUAGGGACUCCAGCAGCAGUGAUGGUGACAGCUGAUUGGCUUGAGCAAGACAAAGAGCUUGGAAAGGUGAGAAGCUGGGCAGUGGCUGUAUCUGAGAAGGGUGGGACUCCUCUGGUUAGAGUCAGCCUGUCUCGAUGGAGAAGAAAUAAAGGAAAGGAUUGUCCUUUUCCAAAGCUCCCUUUGCCUCCUGCUCCCUAAACAGCACUGGCAAGGGCCUUUUGACAUUGAUGGUCCCCGCAGUGCCACACUGAUAACCGGUUCAGCCGUUUGGGCACAGGACUGCACAAGUUACCCUGAGGCCCAGAUCUGUCAUACGUGCUUUCUGCUGACAAGUAGCAUGCUCAGAAAAAUGUCAAACACUAAUUAUGAAAACAAGUAAUAAUUUGCUAUGAAAAAACUAAAUGGAGAAUUAAGGGGUUUUUUGCUUCACAAAAGGGCUAGAAUUACUUAGGUCUAGCUAAAUAUUUUUUCCCACCAAAUUAAUUUCACUCCAUCAAAGAGCUCAAAUGACUGAGGUCUAUCUCUUUGCUUUUGUGCUUUUUUUGCUGCAGUUCUUUCCUUCUUUGUGUUAAAAUAGUUGUUCCUAAUUAAGUGGCCUUGCAGGUAAUACUGUUCUUUGUAGGGCUGUAAAUACAUCUGUUCAUACAGACAUGUUUACACUGGUAUAUCUGAAUAGUUAGGCAUCUGAGAACGUAAUUUGUCCAUUUGUUUUACUUCAUUGUUUUCAACUGCUCUUUAAGUACUGUGCUAGGACCAAUUUAUCUUAUUCAUCUUAUUCAGUAAACAUUUGGUUCAUUUUGGUUUUAUUUCCUCUUUUGUUUCCCGCAAUUCAGUUACUAGGAAAUCUGCAGGUAAACAAAGCCCUACAGCUUAAAAGAAAAUUUCAUUUUAUGCUGUGACUUCAUGCACUUCAGAUUGUUAUAAUUUAACCAGAUGACCCAUCAUUGCUAUUGAUGAGAAAUGUCUCACUGUGAAAAAUUCAAGACAUUCACUAAAUCUAUCACUUUCACAUGUUCUGAUUGCUUCUACUUCCUCCAUUGUUAGAAAUGUCUGGGUUUUUUCCUCAUUUGAGUGUAUCCUAUUUAACUGUUUCUUUCUUGGAGAGAUUUAAAGGUCUUUUCAUACUUAAAAUGAAGUGUUUUCUUUACCUAAAAUUAGUGUGAUCAUACUGGAAUUUUUCAAUUUUCUCAGUCAUUUUCCAAGAUAUCGCUUCCAUUCCCAAGCCACUUUAGUAUGUGGGAUUUUAUAUCCUCUCAGUUUUUCAACACCUUUAGAAAUGUACAGAUAAUACCUGUGAAUAUGAGCAAACCAUUUUUUCUUGUGCUGAAAUACUUCAUGCCACUGCAGGAUAUCCGUUAGGACUAGAGGGUACUGGAAAAUAUCUGAGCUAGGAUUUGUCCUGAACACUGGUGUUAGCACAUGAAAGUACAGUGGUCAUCCCCUGCUGAUCUCCAAAGUGCCAUGGGGUCAACAACAACAAUGUAGAGGGGGCAUUAUUCUUGGAGUGAUCAGGCAAUGAUAAAGGCUGCCUGGACAUAACAUACUUGGAGACGGGCUCACUAGCAAAUACUAAUCAGCUUGCUCACAUUUCUUUUUCUUUUUUUUUUUUUUUUUCCCCUACAAUACUCGUGGGCUACUAUUUCAGUGCAAAUAAUUUGGUAAGGCUGACUUUUUCUGCUUAGUCACAACACAGUUUUCAUCUCAUUGAUUUAUGCUGGUCAUAACCCAAAAUGAUGUAGAUAAAGUUCAAGAGAGGAUUUCAAGAGCAUCUUAUAAAACUCCUAUGAUAUAAAUUUGGAUUCUGAGAAUGUUUUCAAACACAGUAGAAUGCAACAUUUGAGCAUGAAAAUUAAGCUGCUAAAAACAUAAUUAUCUCUUUUCAUUUGAAAAUUGAACCUAAAAAUAUUUAUCUGUUUCACUGACAGGAGAAGAAGAAAAGGAAAGGAAUAAUUCUCUAAGUAGUAUUUGAUAUUUUAUAAGGGGGGUUUUGUUUGUUUGUUUGUUUGUUUUUGCAUUAGAAUAAGAGUAAUAUUUUUAAGCUGGUUUUGAACGCUCCUAGACACACAUUGGUCAAGUGCUUCAGCUUGACUUCAGCAUGUAAUCUUCAAAAAGAUCACAGUUUUCAGUACUUCAAGCUAAGCUUUGGUGGACACCCUGAUAGAAUUUGAUAAUUUGUCAGGCUUAAUAGAUUAAUAGUUUUGUCACUGGACAUGCAAGCUGGUAUCAGUGAUGUCUACACUUGAACACGAUCUCAAACAAGACUGUCUGUGCUGUUAAAUAGCAUUGCAGGGGCAAAUCAACAUAUCAGUAACUAAUGGCAGUACCUGGAAACAUCAGAAUCAGGAUUAUAAAUUUAAAAAUUCAGCAUAUUUCAGUACCAUGAAACUGAAGGGACACAAUGUUGCCUCAUAAUUUCCACUACAUGUCAUAACAUCACAUGUAUUUUACAAAUAAGCAUUUUCAUCCUAUCUAAAAGAAGCAAUUAAAAGUGAUGAUUCCAAGUUACUAGUAAAACAUAAAGAACAAGCUCUUACUUGUCCUGCAUUUUAAGAUUUCACUUCAGCUUGCACUGUUUUGUCACUGGGGCAUCACUGUUUUGUUCUUGCACACUUCAGCAUCCUUCACAGUUUGUUGAUAGUUUUUGUUAUAAAGGAUUUUACUAAUCUCAGCAGAAGACUGGGUUACUUGCAUAACUCAAACAUGAGCCAGUUACAGACUUGACUUUCUACCAUUAGGCAGUUCAUUUAUUUCUUAUUAGUCAUUGCUACAAUUAAUUCUUUAUAACACAAAUUUGAAAGUAUUUUUAAAAAUAGAUGUUCAAUCUACAUGAAAGAAGUUGAGAAAUCAAGAAAAAAUGUUGAUAACCAGGAGAUAAGGAAGUUGAUUUACUUCACCCUUUUUCAAUCUUUCUCUAGAGGCCAAACUAAAGAUGCUGGUAACAAAGACUGCUUUAAAAGCAUCACAUCACCUUACUAUAUUUCUGAUUAUGGCAGAUGGUCAGAGACACAAGAUGGAGGAGCCUUUCUAGCUGGAUAGAGUGAAUUUCCACAGAUGUGAGAGUUGGAAAUGGAGUAAAAGGGCUGAACCUAAAUCCCUGUUUUCUUCACCGAGUCUUUGCAGAGUGGAUCCUUCCCUUAAGUCUUGGUUUGUAAUCCAGGAAUUUUCUGCUGCCCUCCUGAAUUGUACCAUUUCUACAUAGUUUUUCCAAGUCCCUCAAAAAGAAAAAAUAAUAAAAUCUUUCUCUUCUUAUUUCUGAAGCUUUACUUUAAUAUAUUCUCCCUAAUGCAUGCAAUCAUCCUAACAGUGGAGCUUGAACUUGAGCUGAAACCUCAUUCCUUGCACUCUCAUUUCUUUGCUCUUUUUCCUAGCUACCCAAUACUUUUUUGGGCAGAAGAUUUAGUGAAAAUAUUGCAGUAACUACUGCUAUAUGCUGAUAAUACUUAAGACCCUAAUGCUCCCCUUGAUUUACCUACACCACACCCGCCAACAAUGCUAUGAAUACCAUUGUAAUUAUCAAGGGCUAGUUAGUAAAUUCUGUUUUCUCCUUCUUGCCACAGUGUUUUUUUUUAAUAUUUAUUUUUGCCUUUUUUGGCAAUAUCAGUUCGAAACUGGGUGGAAACACCAUUUAAGUAUAGUAGUUUUGGUCUGCCAAUUUGAUUUUCCUGGACAAUGGACCAAUUUAAUGUAGUGGGUCUAGUGCUGGCCAAAUGCCAGUGCAUCUACUGGAAUUAUUUACUCAUUUUUCUGCUGAGAUAAGAUUUAGAAGAAGAUAAGAUUUAGAAGGAGAACACAGCAGGCUCAAAACUUUGAAGGGUACAAAGAAAACUUUAUUAACAGAACUAAAAGAAAAAUAACUGGAAAUCAGAAUAAACUUCCAGAACACUUCUCCUCCACCCACACCUUCUUUUCUUUCCCACUGACAAUGUAAAGAGACAAAACUUGGGACUGUCAGUCAGUUUACACCUCUAAAAUAGUCUGUUCAGUUAGGGAGAGGAGUCUCUCUUGCCAUGCCAUGGAGAUUUCUCACCAAGAAACAGUUCUUUCACGGCUUCAAAGUCACAGUGAAUCAGCCCCCCGGAAAAAGAAAAUUUGUUUCAAAUGUUAGCCCCUCUCAUGCCUUUCAGCCUUCCUAUAGUUGCUUUCAUCAACCAUCUCAUCUUAUGGAGUGCAUAUUUUAAGGACCAGCUGUUCAAAAGAACAGGUUCUCCGCAUUUAUCUCUGAGAUCAUCUUCAUCUCUGAGAACAGAGAUUUUUGGGAAUGAAGGGUCUUCAUUACUUCAACAUCUGCUUUGCUUCAGCAUGUGUGCCUUUGUUCAUGUCUACAGUUUGAAUGCUCCAUCCCCCCAUGCUUUUUUCAUGAAUUACAGGCAUAUUCUAGUGUAUCAUAAUCCAUCACCAUGGCCUCACAAAAUUUUAGCCCAAGACUAAAGCAUCUCUUCAUUCUCCUCCCAUCUGAGGCCUGAUUCUUUCUUUUCUGACCUUGGUGUCUUCAUGUAGUUUCUCUACGUAUCUUCACCCUUUCAUUUU